CGCUUUCUUUCGUGGAGCCGAGACAAAGUUGGUGUUGCUGUUUGCCUAGGUUAAAGUAUAAAUAAUUGAAGGGCAGUCGAUAAUGUUAAAAUGAACCACAGCAUCUUUGAAUCUGCUCUCCAGCCACAGAGCCUGAUUGCAAUGUGCUAAAGUAUACAGCCAAAUAAAAAUCAAGAGUCUUCAGCUUCUGGAAGACAGAAUGACUUUCAAACCAAAUAAUGCUGCUACAAAAAUUCAGAAGUGCUGGAGAUCAUAUAGAGAUAGAAGACUGUUCCUCCUUCUGAAGCACACCGUUUGUGCUGCGGAACACUGCCUAACAUAUGAAAUACUCCGGAAGGUUAGUCCCACAGAAGCAGAGCUUUUAAAGGAUCCAAGCACAAAGUGUAAAGUGAGAUUCAGGUUUGCUGGUGCAGAGUUCCCCCCAACUAUUGUGUUUAAAAUAUUUCACCAGAAUGGAGGAUGUGGAAACAAAUACAUAAAUGGGAAAAGAGCCAUCUCACCUGCAAGCGAGGCAGCUGUAGAUGCUUGCAAAAUAAUGGGACACAGACGCUUUUAUGAUCAAAUAAUUUGUGAUGAAAUCCAGAGGCAAAAGAAAAAAAUUGUGGAUGAAGUCGAUGUUGUUAGCAUGAAGGAUUAUAUGCAGUAUACAAGUAACCUCGAUGAAACGCCAGCAUACUUGGGAGGCAAGGGAAACACCUGGAGAAAACUGUCUCUGGAAGAGAUGCCAAGAAGCACUGUCAUGUAUGACAUUGUGGAUUAUGCUAAGAGUGGGUGCUUAUCGGAGUCACUAAGGGAGAAGCUGCCCCUGCUGCUUAUGAAGCCAACUUCAGAGGAGAUGCAGCUUCAGCAGCUGAGGACAAUUUCACAGCCAAGGUCUCCUCCUGUUCCUCCAUCUUCAGUAGUAUCCACACUAAAGUCUGCAACCUCAAAACACUCAUCUCGCAGGUCUUGCAAAGCACGACAGAAAGUUGCCAAAAUGAGAAAACUCUACAGUUCCAGUUGUCCAAGAAUGGAAGAAAAAGCAACAUUACAGUUAGAAGCAUUUAUUCCCACCGACAUGGACACUGAGAAACUUGAAAUGGACACAUAUUUUGAUGAUGAAUUGGAUGAGGAAACUAAUAAUCUGUACUCAUGGACUCAGCAGCUCUCCUUGGAAGACACUGCGAUUGGUUUUUAGUAGUUCUUCUAUCAGAAUCUAGAGAUGUAUGUACAACUCCUGUGCUAUGCCCCACACCCCCUUGCAGGUGAUAGAAGACAAUAUUGCUAAAGAUCCUCUAAAUGAUCCAUGGUGACCAAAUCAGGUUUUAAGAUAUCAUGCAGAAUAAAUGACAUCAUAUGUAGUGCUUUUCAUUGUGAGUGCCAACUCAAGGCAUUUUAAAUAUACAUAUUAAAAUUGCACAAAUGUUUAGAGAGUUGCACAUUUUUAAAAUUGAUGGAAAAACAGACCAGGUAGUGUGUUCUGGACGGUGUUGGUGGUUUAACUGUCCAAAGUUCACCACAGCCACUCAGCUAUUUAGCUACUUUCUUGACAGGUAAUGCCACACUUCAGAUGUAAUGAAAUCAGUGCCAGUUGAUAUUAACAUCCUAUGGGGCUUAAGUUCGCAAGCCUGAAGGUUACAGGCAUGGUAAACAAACUCAUGAGGUGGCUUUGCUUGUGUACAUGGUACGUUACUAUAUACUGUAUUAAUACACACCAACUAUGGGUAUAGUUAGCAAUAUACAGUACAUGUUGGUGUUGAGUAACUUUUUGUCAACACUUCCUGUAUUUUCAAACAUAAGUGACGUAUCACGACACCAAAGCCUAACAUUUGACCCUCAUUCUAAGCAUUACCCAGAGAAGCAAUUUGUCAUUAGAAAAUUUAAAUCCAAAGCUCAAAAGAAUAAAUGGCAUCUCUUUUUAUCUUGCACACAGUUAAGUGGAUAAUUUACUGUCAAUUUUAGGUCACUAGUUUGAGGAGUGAAAAACCAAUAUUUUCAUUAGUAGUAAAAUAACGGAUAAGAUAAUAGUGAAACCCUUAAACAAAAGUCCUCCUAACACAGUGAGCCAAGAUAAACUAUUUUAAAGCUAGUCCAUCUACUAACUCAAGCAGCACUGAACAAGCUUAAUUUCUUUGCUGCCUAGAAAAUUUACUACACUGUGGUUUAUUUAUGAUUUUGAGUAGCACAGAAAUGCCGACCCUGUUGCUUAAAAGUAAAAUUAUGCAAAUAGUGCUUCAACAUGGUAAUCUUUUUUUAAAUACAUAAUAACUGGUAUGUAAUUAUGAUUGCACUAAAGUAAAGCCAAUGACACUGCAAAUUGCCCAAAACAUAAAAACAUUUGUUUAAGUUACUUUUUCAAACAAUGUAUUAAUGUCUUGACACUCUUGCUUGCAGCAGCUGUAUUUUACUUCACGUAAGCAACACCUUAAUGUGAAUGGUUUUUUGUGCCACAUGAACAGUGCUUCCUGAGCUAAACAUUUCUUAAUAAAAAAAUAAAAUUGAUACAUGACAAUAUCAGCCAUUACCACAGAAGGAAGUAUGUGGAAAUUGCACAAAAGCAGUUUUCACCACAAGAAAUUUUUCUUAAUCACAUAUGGCAAAUGUCUAGCUAUUGUGAAGGUAUGUUGCGAUGUACUAUGGUACAGAUGAUUGAACAGCAAAUAAAUAAAUACAAACAGUUGCAAAUGCAGGUUACCUAUGACCACAAUUUUUAAUGUGGAACUUUUGUUCAGAUGUGCCAAAUUGACAGCACCCUUUGUCAGGUAAUUGUGCAUUCUUUUCUUCACACAAAUUCCACUGUCCAAAGGCCGAUUGUAUCUUCUGAUGAAGGAGAUGCAGUCAGUGCAUAAAACUGAAGUAUCUACCACAUAAAUGUACAAUGGAGUUUGCAUGUCAGUAACACCCACAUGAAAGAACUCUUUGUGGUCCAUUGGAGGUACAGUUCACAGUUAAAUAAAAUUGUCAAUUCCUCUCCACUGCUACAACCAAAACACCCACCACUCAUUUUACUAAAGGAGACUCUGCUAUUGAUUUCUUCAUAUGCUGAACAGCAUACUUUCAAAAAACUGUUUCUGCCAAUUUGGGGGGUUGGGAGAACUCUUAAGCAUUUGAACUUUGCCAAAUUAUUAAAUUACAUACUGUGCUUCUCUAAAAUGCAUUAUUGUUAUUUUCUUAAAAGAAAUUGUAACUACCCCAUUUAAUUGUUAGCACUAUUUACAAAAAAAGUAAAAAUAAAUGAAAAAGAGGGCGGCACGGUGGUGCAGUGGGUAUCCCU